AUGACCGAAGAGCCGCAGCUUAAUUCUAUUCAGCAGCGGAUCGCCGCCCUGAACCAGUCGCAGCUGGCCCGCCCACCGGGCCCUGAACCAUUCCUCCGCCCGACCCCAGAGCGGAGCGUGCCUAUCAGCCCCCCUCCUUCAUACGAUUCAGUCGUUUCUCCGACACGAGUGCCCAGCAGAAAUGAACAGUCCGAAGACCGCUCUGAGAGGCCAGUCCUGCGACCGCCUCCCAUGGAAACUCUACGACCAGACCUGAAACCAAAACCGAAACCCCCUCCUCCCUUGCCCACGCGCAGAUCAGAUCGCCAGGCUCCUCCCACUCCUCCAGCUCGUCCUUCGCUGCCACCGCGCAGGCCGACAGAUCGACCGCGGAGGCCAUCCCUGGAUUCGACGACCUCUGAUGCGUCAUACUCGACAAAUUCGACGGCAACAACCGCUGGGCGCAAUGCAUCUUCGACGUCAGUGAAUUCCAAUGGGAACAAUCGCAUCAAGGCGCCUGCAUGGGGCGCUACAGAGCUACCUGCCUUACCUCCGAAGCGACCAAAGGAACAAGUUAGCCUAGAGCCGCCUCCGCGGCCUACACCUACUAGUAAGAGGAGUUUCGGAAACUUGUCCUCCAGAAUCACCUCGAAGAUCAACCUACCGGGCUCCAAGCCGGCUGGCCCCUCUCCUCCAAAUCAGCCACGUCGGCCGAGCCCAUCUCCACGUCCAAGCAUACCCUCACGUCCAAGUUUGCCUACUCGUCCGCAGACUAAUGAUGAUGCCCCGACACCUCAACUGCCUCGUCAGCCAUCUGGAGUUCAAUCCCAUCUGAAUGGAGCAGCUGAAGAUGAGGGGCCUGCUUUACCGGUCCGGAGAACAUUACCGCCUCCACCAUCUGCCUCCAGGAUCAACGAUGCCAGACAACUUGGGUUUGGAAAUAAGAGUCCAAGCAUCCCAGCCCAGCCGAGUAGCACUCCAGCCCACAAUCCACCGGGUGGUACUCCACCACCAAUCCCACAUGGUUCUCGCCCAGAUCUGUCCAAGAUCAUGGCUACCAAACCGCGCUUCAAUGGCUCGUCAGCUUCAGCAAGUCCACCGGCUCACUCGUCGGAUACGGAGUGCUUGGUGUGCCGAGACUUCUCAGGCCCGGAUAACCAUGCAGCCCGCUAUCCUCGUGCAUCACUCCCAACACAAGAUAUGGCAUGGUUGGCAAAUGAGCUUACAGCACCAUUCCCAUCCCUUACAGACAAGGCCCGCGCGAUCUUUACCUGGCUACAUCAUAACAUCUUUUACGAUGUCGUUGCCUUUUUUGGUAAAUGCGUUCAGCCCUCCACACCAGCAAGUACCCUUGCAACCGGUCUAGCAGUGUGUGAAGGAUACGCAGGACUCUUCCUCGAACUAGCAACAAAGGGUGGAUUGGAAGCCAUCAAGGUCGGAGGCCACGGCAAGGGAUUCUCGCACAGCACACUCACCCCAAGUUCCCCCGUACCUCCCUUCGAUGGAAAUCACGCCUGGAAUGCCGUCAAAAUAGAUGGAGGCCGCUGGAAAUUAAUUGACACAUGCUGGGGCGCGGGUUGCAUAGAAGGCGAAGGCAAGCCCUACAAGCAACGCUUCGAACCAGCAAUGUUCUCAAUCCCGAACGAAGAAUUCGGCCUAAAGCACUUCCCCUCAAACGCUAAUUAUUUCUUCCGCGAAGACGGCCGACCAAACCCAACUUGGCAAGAAUACAUCCUCACGGACCCAGAAAGGCCAAACGGCGUCGAACACCUAAAGGUCUACAGUGACGCCGAUAAACGCUCCAUCGGCCGCAAGACAAUCCAACCAGCAGCCCUGCACAUCUCCGUCAGCACACCUGGUCCAAUGCGCUUCUCAUUCGGCCUUCUCUGUCCACACUGGACGCUAGCACGUCACAGCCACAAUACCUUGCCAGGUCUAUUCCUGCUUAUGAUCCAUGGCGUGGAUGGACGCAAGGACGAUAGACUUCCCUUUAGACAUGUACUCGGCUCGGGUCCCGCUGGCGGUGGCGAGAUGUGGUAUGUGGAUGUGCCUGAAGCUCGUAUGCUUGGUGCUCCGGGUCAGAAGUUGCAGUUGGCUGUUUUGACGAGCUUUGAUAAUCAGGAUGCUGUUGGUGUUACGGCUGAUGAGUUCUUGGCUAAGAAUGGUCGUGUUGGCAUGGCGUGGGCUUAUGUUGCUGAGUGGGAGCUUGUUCGGUAG